AUUGUAUAACUUUCACACCUCUACCCUGUCUUUCAGUCAGUAUUUAGUCAAACAAAAUAAACUACAUUUGUUAGAGCUUGAUAAGAAUUCAGUGUGUCUUCUGUGUGUGUGCCCGUCAUCAAGCAACAAAUCGACGUAUUUUUUUCGACUAAGAGUUCCAAUGGAAGCCCAUUCUUGAACAAGGAGAACGACUAAAUCGAAACACAAAUAAACUCGAAACGAAUCAAAAGAAAACGUUCAAAUAGUGUGCAAUCAAGUAAUAAUAAAGGGAAACACCAACCAGCAUUGUUUUUGCAGAGAUAAUUUACAUUGUAAAGGUCUGUCAAUAACUAGACUUCGCGGUAGUCACGAUGACGCAACCACUGCCCAUCCGCUUUCAGGAGCAUUUACAGCUCACAAAUGUCGGGAUCAACGCCAAUUCAUUCUCAUUCAGCACGCUCACGAUGGAAUCGGAUAAGUUUAUCUGCGUGCGAGAGAAGGUCAACGAUACCGCCCAGGUGGUCAUCAUUGACAUGAACGACGCCACCAAUCCCACGCGGCGUCCGAUCUCAGCGGACUCGGCUAUCAUGAAUCCAGCUAGCAAGGUCAUUGCGCUCAAAGCGCAAAAGACGUUGCAGAUUUUCAACAUCGAAAUGAAGUCGAAAAUGAAGGCGCAUACCAUGACCGAGGAUGUGGUGUUCUGGAAGUGGAUAUCCCUCAAUACGCUGGCGCUGGUCACAGAAACGAGCGUGUACCACUGGUCCAUGGAGGGCGACUCGAUGCCGCAGAAGAUGUUCGACCGGCACUCCUCGCUCAACGGCUGCCAGAUCAUCAACUACCGCUGCAACGCCUCCCAGCAGUGGCUCCUGCUGGUCGGGAUCUCGGCCCUGCCGAGUCGCGUGGCCGGUGCCAUGCAGCUGUACUCGGUGGAGCGCAAGGUGUCCCAGGCCAUCGAGGGGCACGCGGCCAGCUUUGCCACGUUCAAGAUCGACGCCAACAAGGAGCCAACGACCCUGUUCUGCUUCGCAGUGCGUACGGCCACUGGCGGCAAGCUUCAUAUCAUCGAAGUCGGUGCCCCGCCGACGGGUAAUCAGCCCUUCGCCAAGAAGGCGGUGGACGUCUUCUUUCCGCCGGAAGCGCAAAACGAUUUCCCCGUCGCCAUGCAAGUCUCUGCCAAGUACGACACCAUCUAUUUGAUAACCAAAUAUGGGUACAUUCAUCUCUACGACAUGGAGACGGCCACGUGCAUAUACAUGAAUCGUAUAUCGGCCGAUACGAUCUUUGUUACCGCACCGCACGAGGCCAGCGGCGGCAUCAUCGGCGUCAAUCGCAAGGGGCAGGUGCUCUCGGUGACCGUCGACGAGGAGCAGAUCAUUCCGUACAUCAACACCGUCUUGCAGAACCCCGAGCUGGCCCUGCGAAUGGCUGUGCGCAACAAUCUGGCCGGUGCCGAGGAUUUGUUUGUGCGCAAGUUCAACAAGCUCUUCACGGCUGGCCAGUACGCCGAGGCGGCCAAGGUGGCUGCCCUGGCCCCCAAGGCCAUUCUCCGGACACCGCAGACGAUCCAGCGGUUCCAGCAAGUGCAGACGCCCGCGGGUUCCACGACCCCGCCACUGCUACAGUACUUUGGCAUCCUGCUGGACCAGGGCAAGCUGAACAAGUUCGAAUCUCUGGAGCUGUGCCGCCCCGUCCUGCUGCAGGGCAAGAAGCAGCUGUGCGAGAAGUGGCUGAAGGAGGAGAAGCUGGAGUGCAGCGAGGAGCUGGGCGAUCUGGUCAAGGCCUCCGAUCUCACGCUGGCCCUCUCGAUUUACUUGCGCGCCAACGUGCCCAACAAGGUGAUCCAAUGCUUCGCCGAGACCGGGCAGUUCCAGAAGAUUGUGCUGUACGCCAAGAAGGUCAACUACACGCCCGACUACGUGUUCCUGCUGCGCUCCGUGAUGCGCAGCAACCCGGAGCAGGGAGCCGGCUUUGCCUCCAUGCUGGUGGCCGAGGAGGAGCCGCUGGCGGACAUCAACCAGAUUGUGGACAUCUUCAUGGAGCACUCCAUGGUGCAGCAGUGCACGGCCUUCCUGCUGGACGCCCUCAAGCACAACCGACCCGCCGAGGGGGCCCUGCAGACGCGCCUGCUGGAAAUGAAUCUGAUGUCGGCUCCCCAGGUCGCCGAUGCCAUCCUGGGCAACGCCAUGUUCACCCACUACGACCGGGCGCACAUUGCCCAGCUGUGCGAGAAGGCGGGCCUGCUGCAGCGCGCCCUGGAGCACUACACCGAUCUGUACGAUAUUAAGCGGGCCGUGGUCCACACACACAUGCUGAAUGCCGAGUGGCUGGUCAGCUUCUUCGGCACCCUGUCCGUGGAGGACUCGCUGGAGUGCCUGAAGGCCAUGCUCACGGCGAAUCUGCGCCAGAACCUGCAGAUCUGUGUGCAAAUCGCCACCAAGUACCACGAGCAGCUGACCAACAAGGCGCUGAUCGACCUGUUCGAGGGCUUCAAGAGCUACGACGGGCUCUUCUACUUCCUGAGCAGCAUCGUCAACUUCUCGCAGGACCCCGAGGUGCACUUCAAGUACAUCCAGGCGGCCUGCAAGACCAACCAGAUCAAGGAGGUGGAGCGCAUUUGCCGCGAGUCCAACUGCUACAAUCCCGAGCGCGUGAAGAACUUCCUGAAGGAGGCCAAGCUGACGGAUCAGCUGCCGUUGAUCAUUGUUUGCGAUCGUUUCGAUUUCGUGCACGACCUGGUGCUCUACCUGUACCGCAACAAUCUGCAGAAGUACAUCGAGAUCUAUGUGCAGAAGGUGAAUCCUUCCCGCCUGCCCGUCGUGGUGGGCGGCCUGCUCGACGUGGACUGCAGCGAGGAUAUAAUCAAAAAUCUGAUUCUCGUCGUCAAGGGACAGUUCUCGACCGACGAGCUGGUCGAGGAGGUUGAAAAGCGCAACCGGCUGAAGCUCCUGCUGCCCUGGCUGGAGUCGCGUGUGCACGAGGGCUGCGUCGAGCCGGCCACCCACAAUGCGCUGGCCAAGAUCUACAUCGACUCGAACAACAAUCCCGAGAGAUAUCUGAAGGAGAAUCAGUACUACGAUAGCCGUGUGGUCGGUCGCUACUGCGAGAAGCGGGAUCCGCACUUGGCGUGCGUUGCCUACGAGCGUGGCCUCUGCGAUCGCGAGCUCAUCGCCGUGUGCAACGAGAACUCGCUGUUCAAGAGCGAGGCACGCUACCUGGUGGGUCGCCGCGAUGCGGAACUCUGGGCCGAGGUGCUAUCCGAGAGCAAUCCCUACAAGCGCCAGUUGAUCGACCAGGUGGUGCAGACGGCUCUGUCCGAGACCCAGGAUCCCGACGACAUCUCGGUCACGGUGAAGGCUUUCAUGACGGCCGACCUGCCCAACGAGCUGAUCGAACUGCUCGAGAAGAUCAUCCUGGACUCGUCUGUCUUCAGCGAUCACCGCAAUCUGCAGAACCUGCUGAUUCUCACGGCCAUCAAGGCUGAUCGCACCCGUGUCAUGGACUACAUCAAUAGGCUGGACAACUACGAUGCCCCGGACAUUGCCAACAUUGCGAUCAGCAACCAGUUGUACGAGGAGGCCUUCGCCAUCUUCAAGAAGUUCGAUGUGAACACCUCGGCCAUCCAGGUGCUCAUCGACCAGGUGAACAACCUGGAGCGGGCCAACGAGUUCGCCGAGCGUUGCAACGAGCCGGCCGUGUGGUCGCAGUUGGCCAAGGCCCAGCUGCAGCAGGGUCUGGUCAAGGAGGCCAUCGAUUCGUACAUCAAGGCCGACGAUCCGAGUGCCUAUGUGGACGUGGUGGAUGUGGCCAGCAAGGUGGAGUCCUGGGAUGACCUCGUUCGCUAUCUGCAGAUGGCCAGGAAGAAGGCCCGCGAAUCGUACAUCGAGAGCGAACUGAUCUAUGCCUACGCGCGCACCGGUCGUCUGGCCGAUCUGGAGGAGUUCAUUUCGGGACCCAACCACGCCGACAUCCAGAAGAUCGGCAACCGAUGCUUCAGCGACGGCAUGUACGAUGCGGCCAAGCUGCUGUACAACAACGUCAGCAACUUUGCUCGCCUGGCCAUCACGCUGGUCUACCUGAAGGAGUUCCAGGGCGCCGUGGACUCGGCGCGGAAGGCCAACUCGACGCGCACCUGGAAGGAGGUGUGCUUCGCCUGCGUGGACGCCGAGGAGUUCAGGCUGGCGCAGAUGUGCGGCCUGCACAUUGUGGUGCAUGCCGAUGAGCUGGAGGAUCUGAUUAACUACUACCAGAACCGGGGCUACUUCGAUGAGCUGAUCGCGUUGCUCGAGUCGGCUCUGGGCCUGGAGCGGGCGCACAUGGGCAUGUUCACGGAGCUGGCUAUACUGUAUUCGAAAUUCAAACCUUCCAAGAUGCGGGAACACCUGGAGCUGUUCUGGUCUCGCGUCAACAUUCCAAAGGUACUGCGUGCCGCCGAAUCGGCCCACCUGUGGUCGGAGCUGGUGUUCCUGUACGACAAGUACGAGGAGUACGACAACGCUGUGCUGGCCAUGAUGGCCCAUCCCACGGAGGCGUGGCGCGAGGGGCACUUCAAGGACAUCAUCACCAAGGUGGCCAACAUCGAGCUGUACUACAAGGCCAUCGAGUUCUACCUGGACUUCAAGCCGCUGCUGCUGAACGACAUGCUCCUGGUGCUGGCCCCCAGAAUGGACCACACCCGGGCAGUUAGCUACUUCUCGAAAACCGGCUACUUGCCCCUCGUCAAGCCCUAUCUGCGCUCGGUCCAAUCUCUCAACAACAAGGCUAUCAACGAAGCCCUCAACGGACUGCUCAUCGACGAGGAGGACUACCAGGGACUGCGCAAUUCGAUCGACGGAUUCGACAACUUUGACAACAUUGCGUUGGCCCAGAAGCUGGAGAAGCACGAACUUACCGAAUUCCGUAGGAUUGCCGCCUACUUGUACAAGGGAAACAACCGCUGGAAACAGAGCGUGGAGCUCUGCAAAAAGGACAAGCUCUACAAGGAUGCCAUGGAGUAUGCCGCCGAGUCUUGCAAGCAGGACAUUGCCGAGGAGUUGUUGGGCUGGUUCCUAGAACGUGACGCUUACGAUUGCUUUGCGGCCUGUCUAUAUCAGUGCUACGACUUGCUGCGCCCUGACGUCAUCUUGGAGUUGGCCUGGAAACACAAAAUCGUGGACUUCGCCAUGCCCUACUUGAUCCAGGUCCUGCGGGAGUACACCACAAAGGUGGACAAACUGGAGCUGAACGAGGCCCAGCGCGAGAAGGAGGACGAUUCGACCGAACACAAAAAUAUUAUCCAGAUGGAGCCGCAGCUGAUGAUCACCGCCGGCCCAGCGAUGGGAAUUCCCCCACAGUAUGCACAGAAUUAUCCACCCGGCGCGGCAACAGUGGCGGCGGCAGGCGGACGCAACAUGGGCUAUCCCUAUUUGUAGGACUGGGGUACCCGUUGAGAAAACCAUCAAAACAACUUUAAAAACAAUUGUAUCAGCAUUAAAGGAAUACCAAUAAAAUAAGAAAAAAUAAUCUAUUAAAUUGCAUGUGCGCCAAAAGUUACCAAAACAAAACGAAGCAAAACAAAACGACAAACAUUAUUAAAUUAAACAAAAAAAAGCUAUGCAAUUAACAAAUCCAAUUUUUGGUUUGUUGUAGACAUUUAAAAAAUGAUUAUAUGUUUUGAUAAUUACAGCACUCUUUAUUCAAAUAUAACAGAAUAUAUUACUUUUUAUCAUAA